AUGUCCAACAACGCCGGCAAGACUCAGGAGGCCAAGGCCCGCUCGGCCAAGAAGGCUGCCCUCAAGGGCACCCAGUCGCAUGCGACCAAGAAGGUCCGCACCUCGGUGUCGUUCCACCGCCCCACGACUCUUCGUCUUGCCCGUGCUCCCAAGUACCCCCGCAAGUCGAUCCCCCACCUUCCUCGCAUGGACCAGUUCCGCACUAUCCAGCACCCCCUGAGCACCGAGUCGGCCAUGAAGAAGAUUGAGGACCACAACACCCUUGUCUUCAUUGUCGACCUCCGUGCCAACAAGCGCAACAUCAAGGACGCCGUCAAGAAGCUCUACGACGUUGAGGCUGCCAAGAUCAACACCCUCAUCAGGCCCGAUGGCAAGAAGAAGGCCUACGUUCGCCUCACCUCCGACUACGAUGCUCUCGAGGUCGCCAACAAGAUUGGCCUCAUCUAA